AUUCGUAUUCGUCGCGGUUUAAUGUAAAAAAGAAGGAAGGGUGGCUACUGGCUGCACCCAACAAGUCUCUGUUUUCUUCUAUUUUGUAGAGAGAACAACACAAGCCCUAGCUAGUGAGUAGUGAUACCAAUUACAAGCUACUUUCUCUCCAACCUCUGAUACUGAGUGAUACAAAGAAUGGUUAAAGGAAGUGAAAAGAGCGAGGGGAGUGCAGUUCCAGAAUCGGCGAUGGACGCGGUGAACACCACUCUCUCAAACCUUCACCAAUUGCGAACCCACUUUCAUGAUUUCUUGUCUCUCUCCGACCCUCACCUCCUCUCCCAAAUGCCCCCUAUUCAACGCGCCCAAUCCCUCUUUCUCCUCGCCAAAAUCACUUCCACACUCCUUGCAUUGAACUUACGGUGUAGUGGGGUCCACCCAGAUGAUCAUCCCAUCAAAUCAGAACUUGACAGGUUAGACUUGUACGAAGACAAACUCCAAUGUUUGCUUGAUUUGAGUGAAGCUCCACUACGACCUUCUACUACUUUGAAUUAUCAGGCAGCUACGCGUUUCAUAGAACAUUCACUGCCGGACCUAACUCCAGAGCAAAGGAAAAAUAUGAGGAACAUAAGUAGAGGGGAGGGACACAAGAUGAAGCAUCAGGAACGGGCCGGUCAAAAGAGGAAGUAUCAAUCUUCUGAAAAACAAUCUGUUCAAACUGCUGCCAAGGAAUUUCUGGAGAAAGCGGCACGGGAGCUUCUUGGUGAUAGUAAUUGCGGUAUUAAGGGACCAUUACAAGUUGGCAUCUCAGAGGAUGCCGAUGAUGACGAACUACCUGUAGCCUAAUUUUCUGGAAUUCUGUAAACAAACAAGAUGGAGCAGCUGUGUCCGUGAGGGAAUAUCUCCAUUAGUGUUGUUGUUGAUCUUCUUCAGGCAUUUUGGCAUGUUUAUUUAUGUCGACAAAAUAGAUGAUACCGGCAUCUUGGCGUGCAUUUUCAGGAGACAAGCAUGGUGUUUAUUUUUUGUCGUUACAAUGUAUAUUGCCACUUUUGGAUGAUGAUUUUAAAAGGUGCGAUUUUUUUUAAAAAGUCAUUUU